UAUGAACAAUGAUUUAUAAUGGAAGAAGGAUUCUUGUCUACAUAUACCCGUGAGUAAAACAUAUUUCAAGCCCUAUCAAAUCUGUAAAAUCCAGGAGUUUCCGGGGGCUUUGUCCCCUUGCCCCCUCCCACCAGGGCUUCGCCAUGGACCCACUGGGGGCCUCAAGGCGCCCCCGACCCCCUGCCUCAUAAAGCGGCGCGUCCCGUAUCCGCAAUUCCUGGAUCCGCCCCUGGCGAUGCACUGAGAACAGUAUGAUUGAUAAUUAAUGGAAGAAGGAUUUUUGUCUACAUAUACUACCAACACUCGAGGAAUAUUGUUGAACCGGGUAAACGUGACGAUGAUGAAAGGAGGACGUGAAUUGCGUAAUUCCCCUGUCGGUGCCCUUAACAAGGAUGUAAACAAGGUCGAUUUAAGGUUAAUUUAUUAAUAUAUACCUAUCAAAUUAUGAAUAUUUUUUAUGAAAUCGUACUGAAUAAUAUCACCAGAGAUUCUACCUUCAAAAUUUUACCUGAACAUGUGUUAGUUUAAGCUACAGAGAGGGGAACUAGUGGUAUAUCCCAAGGAAGGACAUAGUAAAUUUAGAAUAUCGUGACGAAAUACCGUAUCUGCGCUUGCGCUAAGAGGUUAUUUAAGGGAGUGGGUGCUUUCAAGAAUAUUUAUAAAUUCAAGUCCUUGUGCAUAUUUUGCAUGGUAUAAAAAGAAUUGUUAUAAGGUCUUUAAAAUUUCACAAAGAUUUGAUGUGAUAUGGGGAGUUUUCGACAAGUGACCAAACUGUGUGAAUACGGAGCGUGGCAAUCGAGUAAACAGCUGCACGAUCUAGGAAACGCGUCCAGCAUCCUUCUUAGAGUCACCGGAAUUCGCACAAAUAAUGGGUUGCGUCAUGCAGCAACAAAGACUGAUAUCGAAGACAACAUCAAGAAGUUCAAAGAAGGAAAUUUUGAAAAAAUACCAGACCCCGGCCAUCUUGAACAUUUCAGAAAGUCCCAGUCUACGGACGCCGCUGUACAGUCCCUGAAGGACCCUCCGCCCAUUGGAACACACACACUUCCACACCCGAUAUGGUCCGAGGAAGAACUCCACAAUGUGAAGGUCACUCACAAGCCGCCCGAGGGAUUCGUAGACAAACUCGCAUUUCGAUCGGUAAAGCUUCUACGAUCCUCAUUUGACCUUUUAACGGGAUUCAACUGGGGCCAGAGAACUGAGAAAAAAUGGGUUCUACGCAUUUGUUUCCUGGAAACUGUAGCUGGGGUACCAGGGAUGGUGGCAGCGAUGACGCGGCACUUACAUUCAUUGCGCAGACUCAAGCGAGAUCAUGGCUGGAUACAUACACUUUUAGAGGAAGCAGAAAACGAAAGGAUGCAUCUGAUGACAGCCCUACAGCUCCGACAGCCGUCCUGGUUAUUUAGGAGUGGCGUAAUCCUGUCUCAAGGUGCGUUUGUCACCGUGUUUAGCAUGGCUUACCUAGUCAGCCCUCGAUUCUGUCAUCGAUUUGUCGGCUACUUGGAGGAGGAGGCCGUAUUCACCUACUCAAAAUGUCUCAAGGAUAUAGAAUCCGGUCCGUUAACACACUGGAAAACCAAGAAAGCACCGGAAGUAGCCAUUCGAUAUUGGAAGCUUCCUAACUAUGGUACGAUGAAAGAUGUGAUAUUCAACAUUCGGGCGGAUGAAGCUAAUCACCGGAAAGUGAACCAUGUUCUCGCAUCCUUAAGGACAGACCAGUACAACCCCUUUCUACCCGGUGAAUAAACAUAUCCUACGACCCUUAAUGACCUCAUCUAUGUUUUUUCAGGAAACUGCAUCCAUGAAGGAUGUAGUGUUGGCUAUACGAGCAGAUGAGGCUCACCACAGGGUCGUUAACCAUACACUGGCUUCCAUGAAAGAAGAUGAAUAUAACCCCUACAAGCCAGGAAAAUGAUGAAUAGAAAGAAAAGUACUAGAGACUGAGGACUUAUGCUCACCUUACUUAGUGGCCAAUCAGUUGUUGUUAGAUCUGAUAAAUGUUAUUAUAUUGUUUGUGUAAGGGUGUAUGUUCGAUGUGGAACUCUGGGAUACGCGGAGUACUACAGCUUAUUAUUUGUGAUGAGACACGUGUAUGUAGUCCCAUCAGAUAACUCUAUACAGAAGAAAUUAAUGAUUAGUGUUAUAUGGAAAUCUUGGACCAAGUGUGUCUAACUCAAUUAAUCUUGUCCCAUCUAUGUAAUAGUAGAAACAAUAUUUAUCGCAAUUCUUCAUUAAUGAUGUAGAUUUUUAAACCUAUACACAUGUUUACUCGUUUCUCAUUUAAAACUGAGUAUCAUAAAUAUAUAUUUAUUUAGAAAGGUAGUGUAAAAUUUAAAUACAUUUUUUUCAUAGCAAAUAAAAAAUGAAAUGUUUUAUUAUGUACAAUAACUUUAGGCAUAUGUGUCACGGUUUUGUUGAAUUAUAUUUACUCUAGCCCUUUCCAACAAAAGUUCAAACGACUACAUAAAUUGUGUUAUAUUUUCUGCAGCCAAAGUUGACUAAGAUCGCUGUAGCUUGUUACUUGUCCAUAUUUCAUUGAUUUAAUUGUAACUUCCGUGAAGUAUUUGUGAAUUACAGUGUGUUUGUUAUUUUGAUACUCUACUCAGCAUUGUUAUUUACAUAUUUAACAGAUUGUUGUGUGUCUAACCAAUGUUAUAUGAACUUUCAGUAUAUUGAAGCUGUUUUACAUUGUUGUAGGAAAUCAGGAUUGUGACCUUGUUAAGCUUAUAUCGCUAUUGUAUUAAAAUGUCCUGUUGUGUCACCUCCAA